AUAUGCUCUUAUAAUUAAUAACAACCGUAAUCGUAAACCGAGCUCUAAAUAUUAUAUAUAUUUUUGUCUAAAUCAUAUUUAUCCAUGUAUUUAAAAAACAAUGACCAAAAGCAGAAGAAUGUAAAUAAAUAUUUUAAGUAAUUCUGAUGAGUGAGCAUGAUUUUAUGUGAUAUAUUUUUAAUAUGUUCAGCAACUAAGAUUAAUAUUUCUUUUGAGGCUCAACGUCUAUGGAAAUACAUGUCAAUGUAAAUUUAUGUACAUAACAUCAUUGUUUUCAAAUGUAAAUUGAUUUUUAUUGCAUUGGGUAUAAUAUUUAAUAAUACACAUGUCAGUUAAUUGUGUGAAUAUCACUUAAAAAUAUAUAUAUGAUAGAGCUUCUUUAAAAGUAUUGUUAUAAAUUGUGGGAAUGGGCAAUUGUUUGUGUAAAGAUACACCAGAAGAACAUGAGGUAUUUAAUGGACAGAACCAUGUGGAAGCUGAAAAUACUGUAUUUCCUGAAUCGAGUGUAGGCACAGCUGCAUCUACUAGCGUAACAUCUGCAGCUUUUAAUUUUCCAAAUUCGGCUAACAUUGAUAAAUUGGUACUAGAGACAUUAUCAGUGAUUGGUUCUCUUGUUGAUAAUGAGCAAGAGCCACCACCAGCGAUGUUAAAGCUGCAUAUAAUUGCUGAUAAGGAAGAUGGAUGGAUACAAGUAAUCAAUUCAAUGGUUAAUGUUAUUCCUAUGCAUAACCCAUUAGGCCCUUCAGUUAUUACUCUUCUUCUCGAUGAUUGUCCAUUACCAUCAAAGGAAUCGGUUCUAAGAUUAUCACUAAUGUUUCAAUUAUAUCAAAAACUUGGAAGUAUACCAACCUCUGCAACUCAACAACGUAAUAUUUGCGUGGUAUUGGGUUGUAUAGCAGAGAAAUUGGCUGGUCCUAGCAGUAUUGCAAUGCUAUCUGAUGUAACCUUAGACUAUCUUGUUUCAAAUCUUAGAGAAGAUAUUGAUCCUUAUGUGGUAUUAUUCUCAUUAAUAGCUUUGGAAAAAUUUGCACAGACAAGUGAAAAUAAAGUUACUAUCAAGAAACGUUUAAUGGCUGAAAAACCUAAUCCACUUUUAGAAUUGGAGAGAUGGGUAACAGAAACUCAUUACGUGCGCAGGCAAGUAGGAUUUUGUGCACAGUGGUGUUUAGAUAACUUAUUUUUGAUGGAAGGUAGGAAAUAUUCCCAUGAUUCAGUAGAUGUGUCUGGCAUUAAUGUUAUGUUAAACACAAAAGAUGUAAGUGAGUACCUGAAGAUAUCGCCUAAUGGUUUAGAAGCUCGAUGUGAUGCAUAUUCAUUCGAAAGCGUAAGAUGUACGUUCCAAGUAGACGCUGGCACUUGGUAUUAUGAAACAUUAUUAAUAACUGCAGGAGUAAUGCAAAUUGGGUGGGCUACAAAGGGUAGCACAUUUUUAAAUCACGAGGGCUAUGGCAUAGGUGAUGAUGAAUUUUCUUUGGCCUAUGAUGGUUGUCGUAGACUGAUUUGGUAUAAUGCGAAGAGUGAAAAGCAUCAUGAAAGACCAUCUUGGAAAGCUGGAGACAUUCUGGGUUGUUUAUUAGACUUGAACAAAUUAGAAAUAAUAUUUUCCAUAAACGGCGUGCCGUUAAAACCAUGUGUUCAAGUUUUCAAAACAGUAAGAUCCGGAUUCUUUGCUGCGGCCAGUUUCAUGUCAUUCCAACAAUGCCUUUUUAAUUUUGGAAACGUUCCAUUCAAAUAUCCUCCUACCGAUCGCGAAUAUAAAAAAUUCAACGAUUAUGCUUCUUUAAAACCGGAGGAUAAGGUUGUGCUUCCUAGACACAUUUACUUAGACCAACUGAGGAAACUUAGCGUUAGAGAAGACUCGUGUACAUUGUGUUUCGACCAAAGAGCUUCAGUGAGAUUAUUACCAUGCAAUCAUAGAGGGUUUUGCCAAAUGUGUUCGGUUCAACUAGUAGAGUGUCCAAUGUGCAGGGCUACAAUUGGAGAAGUAGCUCGUGAUAAUACAUGACACCACUUUCGUGUACCAGCAUUUUUUAAUACUCUUCCACUAUCUAUUUCAUAUUACACAAUUCUCAGGAACUGUCGCAAGAUAAUCACAGCAAGAAAAUAUCCGUUGCAUCGUGUGCUGGAUAUCAUUAUAUUAUUCUGUGCAUUUGUUUUCUUACAAUACAGUAUUCUAAAACAAGAGAAGGACUUCAUAUCAGUCGCAGAAAGCACGGUUGCAUUUAAAUGCAUCGCGUUUCCAAGGUGCAUCGUGAACAUUACUUUCAGCUAUGCAAAUGUAAUAUAUGAAUUAUCGUACUACAAAUUCGAAGCGCAGAGAAGUAUGUACCAUCUAUCGGCUGUGCGAUCUAUUUUCUCUAAGUUUCGCCUAUACACGGUUUCCAUUUAAUUAGACAACAAAAGUAAACUAAUAAAAAAUGAAAUUGAAAUAUUUUUUUUACAUUGUAGACAUUGAGAAAAAGAUAUUCGCAAUUUAAAUUUAAAUUGCCACCACUGUACGUUGUAUAUUUCCAAUUUAAUAUUUGUGACUGGCUCACAAACACACGUAGAAACUAUUUUGUCCAUGAACUUGAGGUUCUUCUCUCUUAAAUUAUGAAAGUCUGCAUUACCUGUUAAAUGUACUUGUCAACACUGACAAGCAAGUAAUUGAAUUUGCGCUAUAAAGUAAGAUCUAUCAUUUAGGGAACUGCAAAAUACUGAUAUCUUGUAGUAUAUAUUUAAAAAAAAAAAGAGAAUAUUAUAUAUAUGUAUACAUAUACAUAUAUACUAUAUGGUAUUAGAUGGUACUGGAUAUACUAUAUACACGUAUAUAUAUACAUAUACAUACAUAUAGGCUUCUAUUAAAUUCUUGUGAAGACAUCAAACGCUGUCACAUAUGUAUAACUUUGCAAAAUCUUUCUAAGAACUUUGUUGAUUUUGAUUCGUAACAACCUAUCCUAAAUGUGUUAGGAUACUAUUUAUGUAUUAAAUGUAUAAAUCACA